AUGCCAAAUUACUACGAUGAGCUGGAGAUUGAAGAUUUUGCUUGGGAUCCAAUAGCUCGGGUUUUUCAUUACCCCUGCCCUUGCGGCGAUAGAUUCGAGAUAUCAAAAGAUCAGUUGAGGGAAGGGGAAGAGAUUGCAAUCUGCCCGAGUUGCAGUCUCAUUGUCAGGUUGGACUGGGAGGACUAUGUGACAUCUGAUGAAGAGGAUGAGGUGGACACACCGGAUACGGAAGAGUCACCUGUUGAAACGCCUGGAGAGGCAAAGGCGGAAGAAGCAGGCCUGGGUGUGGGACAUAAGAAAGCAGAAAAGUAA